AUGAAUCCCUUCCGUUCGCAUAGACAGCCUCCAUCGACAGGCGAGAAACCGUCGAUCCAAGUCUCACCGUCGCAAGCUUCUUCGAACCGCACCUCGGCGGUCCCUACAACCUCACCUCAGCCUCCACCAUACACAGAGGAGGUCAAGUCCACCGCACAGCAGUAUGAUACUCACGACGCACACCCUUUCGUACCCCCGCUCCCGUACAGCCUCCAUACCAACAACCGCAUUCGGACAAUAUGCUUCACCUUUGCCCUCUGCUUCCUCGAAGCGGGCUUACUCCCCCUCAUCCUUUUCUACGCACUCAAGUGGGGUGCUCAUCUGAGCAUUACCAUAAAUCUUGCCAUCAUCACUAGUGUCAUUGGGACGUUCAGUGGCUACCGGUUUUCCAUACGGCUAUGGUGGCUUUGGUUCAGCAAAGAAGGCCAUGAAAGACGGGUGAUUGGAAGUGGCCGAUGGGGCGUGGACACGUUUCAAAUCGCCGCCAGCAUAGGCAUGGCCGCCUUCUUCAUUCCUCUCAUCAUCGGUUCAUCCGUCUCUCCCGCCUCCCCACACAUCACCUCCCUAGCCCUGCCCCUCCUCGCCCUAGUAUUCUGCAUCCCCCUCCUCCUAACCUCCCUCCUCCCCCACAAAAUCCGCGUUCCCUUCCGCAUGUCCUCCCUUCCCCCAAUGGCUCCCCUCCCUCCCUUCGCCUUCACCCUCAUCGAAGACGUCGUCGCCGUCGACGGUGGCGGCGGCACCUCUUUCCGCCGCGCCUGGGCCGAACGCUACCAAGCCUCCUACCUUAUGCGCAAACUCAUCCGCGACGUCUCUUUCGGCUGGGGAAUCACCGGAACCGUCUUUGGCGGUGUCUGGACAGGAAUCGUUAUCCCUGAUUUCGUGGCGGAUGAUGUGGCGGUGGGGAUCGGGUAUGGGUUGCCUUGGGGGUGGGCUUUGGUCAUGACGGCGUGGACUGUAUGGUACUCGAAACGUAUGAUCGCUAGGGAAUAUCGUGAAUGGACUCCCGCCCCCUUCACCUCCCCCGACCCGACCCACAAACGCCCCACAGCCCACCGCGACAUGUCCCUCCACGUCGUCGAACGCGUCAUCGGUUCCGGACCUUCCGCCCGUCCCCCAAUGGGUCUCCCUAUGCACUCACACGACGAAGAACGGACCACAUUACCCAUGACGGGCGCGCAUGCUCAGAACGUCAUCGGCGCUGAGAAGGGAGUUCCGUUCAGUUCGCGUCAAGGUCAAGGCGGACCGAUCAAUUCGUCGAAAUCGGUCCCUACGACGCAUUCGCCGUCCUCUAACACAGGCAGCUCGGGGUCGGGAUCGGGUGUGGGGAUGGGGAGGAUGAAGAGCGCGCCUGUGCAGGCUGAGUCGCCGGUACAGGGAGUGCCGAUGCCGCCUGCUUCGCCUACUGGUCUUACGAGACCGACGGCCGCAAUGCGCAAGACGAGUUCGCAUAAGCGGAUGGCGAUCGGGAAGAACAAGAGUGAUGGGCAUGAGAGGCUCGACUCUGAGGAUGAGGCUUGAGCGUACUGUUAAUUAUCUCGUCUCGUCUUGUCUUGGUCCCUGCUUUACUUCUUGUCGCUAGCUGCGUUGAUCGGAUUUUUCUUGUCUCUUUGUUUCGUGGAUCUCAUAUACGCACAUGCAUACAAUUCUCGCUGGCUCCAUCGCAUAUACACGAAGUACUGUAUCCCUUCCCUGUAAACCUCCUGCUGCUUGUUGCACUUUUCUGACGAGUAGCCCCCGGCUCGCUGUAUUCCUUAUGAUAUCCUACGACCCUGACCACGAAUCUCGCUGUAGAAGUACCCUAUUACCUAUGUUUUUCUUUAUCGCUCGAAUGGAUGUGGUGUGGUAUGUAUGUGAUUAUUU